AGUUUGCCUGCUUGCGACAAAAGGUGUUAGACCGCUUGAGCGAAUUAAUCUGCGAGUGAAAAGUAUUUAAGAAGCGCUUAACAACUUUAAAAAGAAAAUCGUAAUAUCAAUGAUGGUUUUAGAUCACAAAUUCACGAUUUUCUUCCUUUUUAUUAUUAUAUACUUAGCAAAAACUGAAGAUAUCGGAUAUGUUGGUCCUAAUUAUGUUUUAAAGACUACUCCGAGAGGACUAGAGGAUCCGGAGACUGGAAGACCAUAUGUUAAUAACCCACCAAAUCAUCCAAAUUAUCCAGUAGAGCAUCGAAACAUCCAAUACAUUCCUCCUACAAAUCCUCCAAUAGAUCCACCAACCCGUCCAAAUCCUCCAGUAGAUCCACCAACCCGUCCAAAUCCUCCAGUAGAUCCACCAUCUUUCCCACCUGUCCCUAAAACACCAGCAUUUCCCUGCGCUCAGCACAGUCAUGUCUUCAGUUUCUCUAACGUUGGUCUUCAAAAGAUCGGCCCGGACUUUAUCAAGAGCAGUGACAUUAUUAGCCUCUAUAUAGACAACAAUAACAUAAAUAAUGUUUCACCGUAUGCCUUUCGCAAUACGCAGAACCUGAAGUAUUUGGAUCUCUCCGGAAAUAGAAUUCCGAAAGAAAAGUUAUUACAGCUGGCUAGAAUCAACAAUCUGCAAACAUUGAUUAUUAACAACAAUCAAGAUUCCCACAGUCCCGAUACAGAUACCAUGAAGGAAUAUGGAACUUUCCCGAAUUUGAAAACUCUGCAUCUGUCCAAUAGUCAAUUACGGAAUUUUCAAGUGCAUUUUCAUCUGGCAAUGCCCAACUUGAUAUACUUAUAUCUAAAUAACAACAGCAUUAGUUCCGACGAUGCGAUUUUCGAAAAUAUUCCGAUAACGUUAACUCAUCUUCAUCUAAACAACAAUUCUAUCACUCAAGUUAAACAGGGCAAACUCAGAUAUUUACGGGAAUUCAGUAUGGACGACAACGUCAUUACUCAAAUAUGCUAUGAGAAUUGCGAAGACACAUCCAUAUCGUUGAAGGGCGCCUUCGAAAUGCAGAAUCUGUCUUUAUCCGGGAACCAGAUCUCCGAGAUAACGAUCGAUGCCUUCACCGACGCGAGAGGUUUGUCGUUGUUAGAUCUGUCGGGCAACAAGAUCGCUGAUGUGGCCAAAGGGACAUUUAACAAUACCAACUACAUAAACACCCUUUCCCUGGCUAAUAAUGUACUUGGCGUCGUACCGGAUGUCUGCCCGGUGUACUACCUGGUGAAUCUGGAUCUGUCUGGAAAUCGCAUCGGCGCAAUUCACUCCAACGCAUUCUGCGCCCACCUGCGGAACACGCUGGAGUAUUUAUAUUUAUCGGACAACAUCAUAACUAUCAUUGAACCCCGGGCCUUCCAGAGUCUCGACAAACUCAAGUAUUUGGACCUCUCCGGGAAUCGCCUCAGGCAACUACCGACGCACUGGCUGUCGUGGUACGUCGAGGAACUGCAUCUCGAGCGAAACAACUUCACCGACCUGGACCAUAUACCGCUGAGCAACGUUAAAAUGCUGGGCAAUGUUUAUCUUGAUGGGAACCCCAUGCCGACGCUGAAGGCGAACUCCUUCAAUGUACUUCCAGGACAUUUAAGAGUACACUUGAAAAAUGUACGUGUUGAAGAGUGCGCCCCGUGCCAGUGUGACAAUGAUAAUGAUAAUGAUUAUGAUAUUAAUGACGAUAAUUACGGUAAUUUCGGUAGUCCGGAUUAAGUCUUUGGAAAAAUUACGUCGAAUUUUUUUAAUUAUAUCAUUGUUUUUAAGUUUUAUUCUUAAAUUUUGUAGACAUUACGCUAAUUAGAAAUAGAUUAUCUGAAUUAAACUGUAACCAUUGUAAUUUCUUGCAGUAUCUCACCCUUUAACAUGUUUUAAAAAAUAUCGUGCAAAUACAAUAAAUAAGAACAAAUAGUAGUUAAAAUUUAAAUAUCUCAAUGUUUACAUUCAAUUAACAAAUAUUAAUAAACAAAAAGUAAUUUGCAAUGUAUUUUUUAAUUAUUUAAAAAAAAUAACUUUCUUUAUAACAUCUUCAUUUAGAUUUUUCUUCUAUUUAUAUUAAAAAAUAUUAUUUUUAAUAUUGAAAAAUCUUUCACACAAAACAUGUUAAAUUGUGAAAUAAGAAUUAUUUUUAAUUUUUAAUGCAUAUUUUUGAAGUCUUUUUUGUAAUAUAUUUUUAGCGAGUAUAAUUUUACAAACAAUUUUGAUUUUUAUCAUAUAAUUAGACGACAAUUUACUUGAAAUUAAAAAUGCUUUGUAGUGUUCGUAACGUUAAGUGGUCUGUAGUCACAUAUAAAUAAUUAAUUUUCAGUGUUACGAUUAUUUAAUUCUACAAAUAAAGAUUAAAUAAUCGUUGUCGCUUUGUGUAACGUUUAUAACACGUUUAACUAUAUCAAUUUGAAAGCAAUUUGGUUCUUUUAACUUACAGAUAAAUAAUUAAAUUCCAAUAUUACGAUGUGUACUUAUUUAGUUUUAUAAAUGAAGAUCAAAUAAUCAUUAUUGUCACUUUGCAGUGCACAUGCUUAAUGAAUUACUAAAGUAAAGUACAUUAUGCAAAUUUAUUAUUGUACAAACUGUACUUUGCUACUGCUUUGUUAUAUUGCUUUGUUAUAUCGCUUGAUUAUUUACGCAUUAUUAUCUAGCGCUAUAAGACAACACAAUUAUGUAACAUUCGUACAUAAUUACAUGUAUUUUGUCUAAGGUUUUUAAAUAAAUGCAUUUUAUAAGAAA